AUGGGCCAUCGUGAGGCAGCUGCAGAGCCGACAUACCACUUUGAGAACUACGAGGACGGCAAGCCAAGAUGGGCGCCCGGCACAGACAACCAGCGCGACUACCGCGACUAUCGCGACAGCCGACGAGGAGACCACCGCCGCUCCAAGAAGAGAGACGCCUAUGACGAUGCUCCUCCUCCACGGCCUCCACCACCACCAGGCUACGGAGAGCCUCCACCACCUCCCCCUCCAGGCUAUGGUGAGCAGCCUCCCCCACCACCCCCAGGAUACGCUGCGGAACCGCCUCCCCCUCCUCCUGGAAUGCAGCCGCCGCCUCCUCCACCAGGACAUGAUUCACGCUCCCACCGUCCCCGCCGACACCGCUCCUACUCGUCAUCCUCCGAAUCCGACCACCCACCCCCUCCCCGCCGCUCAAGUCGCCGCGAGGAACCCCGCCGCGACCGCAGGCGCGAACACGACUCAUACGACUCAUACGACGAGCACUACCCACCUCGCAGACGCGACGACGACCGGCGCCGCGACCGCGACGGCUACAAGAGCGACGACCGCCACAACCGACCUCCGCGCUACGAUGGCCGCGAUAAGCGCGACCGCCCCCGCUAUGACGACCGCGAUCGCCGCGACAGACCCCGCGAUGAGCGUUACGACGACAUGUUCAACUCGCGACGAGACCCGCGGCGCGACCCACGGUAUGAUGACCGCGGGGGGCGUGAUCGCUACGAUGACCGCAGGGGCGGGGGUCGCGCGGUAGGCAAGCCGGGGCAGCCUGAGUGGCAGCGCCAGGCCAUGGGCAUGUUCAAGGACUACGCGCUGCCGAUUAUCAAGAAGGAGGGGCAGAAGUACAUUGCCAAGCAGAUGAGCGGCUUUGGGCAGAAGCGCUGAGGCGAGCAUUUACUCGACGUGUACCAUGAUCAUUUGGAAUUUGGCGUCUGUGGGUAUACUCAUUUGGCAUUUGGAGCUGGGUACGAUGAUUCUCAUUUAGCAUUUAUACAUGGCUGUAGCUUUUUUUUUUCAAUUAAUGAUUUCCUCAUUUCG